AGUGGCCGGGCGCGUUGCUGGGCGGAGGGAAGAUGGCGGUGACUAGCUGGCUGGAGAGUCUGCGGGCGGCCGAGAAGACGGCGCUGCUGCAGGAUGCUUUUGGGGACGCCUUUACUGUGUGCCAAAUUAUGUUCUAGAGCAGACAGAAAAACAAACAAACAAAAAUUCCAUGGCCUGUGGUCUCCUAGGAGUUCACAAAAUGAUCAAGAAGAAGACAUGGAAGAGGAUGGUGCACUAUUUGUUCCCUGACGGGAAGGAAAUGGCAGAAGAAUACGAUGAGAAGACCAGUGUACUGCUUGUGAGAAAAUGGCGUGUGAAAAAUGCCCUGGGAGCCUUGGGCCAGUGGCAACUUGAAGUGGGAGAGCCAGCGCCCUCAGGGGCCGGGAGCCUGGGGCCCGAACUCAUCAAGGAGAGUAAUGCCAAUCCCAUCUUCAUGCGCAAGGACACUAAAACAAGUUUCCAGUGGCGGAUUCGAAAUCUCCCCUACCCAAAGGAUGUUUAUAGUGUCUCUGUGGCCCAGAAGGAGCGCUGUGUCAUUGUUAGAACAACCAACAAAAAGUACUACAAGAAGUUCUCCAUUCCUGACCUAGACCGACACCAGCUUCCUCUGGAUGACUCUGCAUUGAGCUUUGCUCAUGCCAACUGCACCCUGAUAAUCUCUUAUCAGAAGCCAAAGGAGGUCAUGGUGGCUGAGUCCGAGCUACAGAAGGAGCUAAAGAAGGUAAAAACAGCCCACAGCAGUGAUGGGGACUGUAAGACCCAGUAGCUGUCCUGAGCCUUGCUUGGACCCAGUGUGAAGGAAGCUGGGAGCCUUCCAGGCUUGGGCUCUUCUGGCAUGGGCAGCCUCUUCUAAGAACUUCAGAGGCCACAGAAGUGGCUCUUGGGGCACAGCUUGCUUCUGCCUGUGGUUUUGUUCCUGAGUAAAGUCGUUUGGAGUUGCUCUGGAA